GAGGAACAUCCCUCCCUACCAACAUGGAAAUGCACCACGUCAGGAGGCUGCGUGCAGCAGAAUACAUCCGUCGUGUUGGAUAAGGACUCCAAAUAUGCCCGCGGCGCUGCUGGCUCAAGAACGGCGGCUGACUACGCUGCCAUGGGAGUUUCCACCUCAGGUAACGCGGUGACUAUGUAUCACUACGUCAAAUCUGGCAACACGCUCAAUCCCGUAUCCCCGCGCAUAUACCUCUUAGGUGGCGACGGCAAAUACGUUCUGAUGAAUCUUCUCAACCAAGAGCUCUCCGUAGACGUCGAUUACUCAGCUGUCCCGUGCGGAGAGAACGGAGCCUUUUAUUUCUCAGAGAUGAAAGCCGACGGCGGCGGGUCGUCGGGCGGCGCAGGAGCCGGCCAAGGCUACUGCGACGCGCAAUGUCAGGGCUAUUGCUGUAACGAGAUGGAUGUCCUAGAGGCCAAUGCGAAAGCGACGGCCAUGACUCCACAUCCUUGCAGCGGAAACAGCUGCGACAAGAACGGCUGUGGGUACAAUCCAUAUGCGAGCGGACAGCGCAGCCUCUGGGCGACUGGCGGGACUGUCGACACGAGCAAGCCAUUCACCGUCGUGACGCGAUUCGCGGGGAGUGGUGCCCUAACACAGAUCACGCGGCUCUAUAUACAGAAUGGGCGGCAAACCGGCGGCGGAACUAUCUCCAGCUGCAACGAUGCCGUUGGCGGGCUGGCUGGUAUGGGCCAGGCCCUAGGACGAGGAAUGGUGCUCGCGAUGAGUAUUUGGAAUGACGCUGCACAGCAGAUGGCUUGGCUCGAUGCCGGUAACAAUGGGCCCUGCAAUAUCGCAGAGAGUACUCCCGCCGCGAUUCAGUCUCAGCAUCCUGAUACUCAUGUCGUCUUUUCUAACAUUCGAUGGGGUGAUAUUGGAUCUACUACCAAA